GGGGGCGGUGCUAGAGGCGUCCGGCCCGCCCGGCCCGCAGGCUCCCCGCGCCGCUCCGCCAUGGCUCCCAAAGGCGGCUCCAAGCAGCAGUCCGAGGAGGACCUGCUCCUGCAGGACUUCAGCCGCAACCUGUCGGCCAAGUCCUCCGCGCUCUUCUUCGGGAACGCCUUCAUCGUGUCCGCCAUCCCCAUCUGGCUGUAUUGGCGAAUAUGGCACAUGGAUCUCAUUCAGUCGGCCGUGCUCUACAGUGUGAUGACCCUCGUAAGCACUUACCUGGUGGCUUUCGCAUACAAAAACGUGAAAUUUGUUCUCAAACACAAAGUAGCACAGAAGAGGGAGGAUGCUGUUUCCAAAGAAGUGACUCGAAAACUCUCUGAAGCUGAUAACAGAAAGAUGUCUCGAAAGGAAAAAGAUGAAAGAAUUUUGUGGAAGAAGAAUGAAGUUGCUGAUUAUGAAGCUACAACAUUUUCCAUCUUCUAUAACAACACCCUAUUCCUGGUCUUGGUCAUUGUUGCCUCCUUCUUUAUAUUGAAGAACUUCAACCCAACGGUGAACUAUAUUUUGUCCAUAAGUGCUUCAUCAGGCCUCAUCGCCCUUCUGUCUACUGGCUCCAAGUAGACUGUACCGGCUUUGGCCCCUGGCUUUGUAUCUAUGGGUGGCCUGUGGUAUAUGGAAAAGUAACAGGGUGGUCAGAAUGAGAGACACACAAGAUGUUUUUAUAGUCUGCAGUUGGAGGGUUUGAAAAACCCAACAAAAUGUAAUUCAGUAUUUGUUUAUUGGCUCUUUUUUUGACAGAUUGUUGAAAUUAAAUGAAUUGAAAGGAAAAUUCAGAGUCCAGGACAUUUAUUAAAAGGUAAAAAGUCUCGUAAUGUGCUGUAAUCACAAGAGGAGAAAAUAACUUGUUUCCUUGAUCUGUCAGAGGUCACAGUAACCUGGACUGAGCUGUUAUUAUUUAUAAUAGCAAGAAGUUAGUAAGUGGUUCUUUGUGUUCUAACCACAAUAUUAUAACUUUUUUUGAAUCAUAAAUAUCAGAAUGAA